AUGUCUACAGUAACCGACGUCGAGCUUCGAACAGUCGUGCAGCCGGAGCGGCUGCACUUGGACGUACUGCACCGAAAUGGCUUGUCGCAAGACGCGACCUCGCACGCACUUGAUCGGGAUUCCUCCAGACUAACACCAGACGGUCAGCCACAUGGCAGGACAUUCCUCCAAGAGGCAGCGCCACUAAAUGCUGCCACCUCAUUACCCGAAGGAGGGUACGGCUGGACCAUCAUCUCCAUCUGCGCCCUCUUCACGUUCUGGUUCAACGGCAUCAUGGGCAGUUGGGGCGUCGUCCAGGCCGCCCUCCUACGCUCCGACCUCCCAACGACAUCCACGUCGACCGUCUCCUUCGUCGGGACAUUGGGCCUGGCCUGCGUCGUCGCGUUCGGACUGUUCAGCGUGCGUGUGGUGCGCAUCCUCGGCGCCCGCGUGGCUGCGUUCCUGGGUCUCGGGCUGCUUGCCGCGGGCGAGGUGGUCUCCUCAUUCACCACGUCCAACGUGGGCGGACUGUUUGGCUCGUCGGGGGUGCUCUACGGCUUAGGGGCAUGUCUGCUGUAUUCCAUCUCGAACAUCCUGCCGACGCAGUACUUCGGGGCGCGACUGGGGCUGGCAUCGGGGAUCGUCAAACUGGGUGGGGGCAUCGGCGCGGCCGUCCUUGCGGUCGCCAUUGACGCACUGAUCGACCGGGUCGGCAUAGCCUGGACUUUUCGGUUCCUGGGGCUGUGUUCCCUGGCCACGUGCGCGCCCGCGGCCUUCUUCAUCCGCGAGCGCGUCCCUAUUGGCAAGGUGCCGUUUCUCGACGUCUCGAUUUUCGGCAAUCUGGCUUUUACGGCCCUCUUCUUCGCCGGCGCCAUCGGCACGUUCUCGCUCUUCAUCCCUCCUUAUUUUUUGCCCCUUGUGGCGCAGGGUGUGGGACUGAGCUCGUCGACUGGGGCCGGUCUCGUCGGUGGGUUCAACGCAUGCACGGCUGUGGGCCGAUUCCUGUCCGGCUGGCUCAGCGACUCAAUCGGGCCGGUCAACAUGUUUCUCCUGGCCAUGGCUCUCAACGCGGUCAGCAUGCUGGCCAUAUGGCCGGUCUCUAACUCUCUGGGCCCGCUGGUCGUUUUUGCCAUGUUCAACGGUCUGGCGAACGGGGCCUUCUUCACGCUUUACCCCGUUGUAGUGGCCAGCACGGCGGCGCGGGUGGAGCACGCUGACUCCAGCCGCGUCGCCAUCGCCAUGGGCAUGUCGAUUACUGGCUGGACGGGCGGUUACUUGAUGGGCGUUCCUAUAGCAGGAUAUCUUCUCCAAGCCUCAGGCAUGGCAGUCGACCCGGCGUCCUCGACAAGGCUUAAAUCCGACACUCCUAUCGCGCCUUAUCGGCCCGCUAUCUUCUAUGCCGGCGGCGUGGCAUUGCUGUCGGCAGGUUGUGUCUUGGUGGCAAGACUGAAGCUCGAACAGAGUAUCAGGAAGAAGGUGUAG